UCCGCCCCCCGACUCGUUUUUAUCAGGGGCGCCGCCGUCUCACCUGGUAUUUGCAUCUCGCCCUCCAACUUGCCAUUGGUGGCGCGACGUGUGGGAGAGCCCUGCGCCUCGCCCGCCCGGACCAGCCUGCCCUGGCGCCGAGGUUGCCCCUGCAGUUGGCCCAGCCCAGCAUGCAGCCUUGAGCUUGGCAUAAGCCACCACUCACUCCGCUUUCUACGUGUCCUUCUGUGGCUCAGUGGAGACUCUUGCCUCAAGGUACCUGAACAGCAUCUCUUUAUCAAGAAAGUGCUGCAGCUACAGAGAGCCCGGGAAAUCCCGCUGUCGGCUCUGCUCUGGGAGAAAACAGUAUGGCUAUUACCCUGCAACCCAGUGACCUGAUCUUUGAGUUUGCAAGCAACGGGAUGGAUGAUAUCCACCAGCUGGAAGACCCUUCAGUGUUCCCGGCUGUGAUCGUGGAACAGGUACCCUACCCCGAAUUACUGCACCUGUAUUCAGGACUGGAGCUGGACGACGGUCACAAUGGUGUCAUAACAGAUGGGACCUUGUGCAUGACACAGGAUCAGAUCCUGGAGGGCAGUUUUUUGCUGGCAGAUGACAAUGAGGCCACUUCACAUACCGUGUCAACCACUGAAGUCUUACUGAAUGUGGAAUCUCCGAAUGAUAUCCUGGAUGAGAAGCAGAUCUUCAGCACCUCUGAAAUGCUUACAGACUCAGACCCUGCUGCAGCCAUCACUCUGCCCAACUACCUGUUUCCUGCCUCUGAGCCCGAUGCCCUGAAUGGGGCUGGUGACCAGGAAGAUCAUUCUCUGGAGGGAAGGGUCUCCAGAGAGGAAAGUUCUAAGAAGACUGGAAAAUCAAAGAAAAGAAUCCGGAAGACAAAGGGCAACCGCAGUACCUCACCUGUCACUGACCCUAGCAUCCCCAUCCGGAAGAAAUCAAAGGAUGGCAAAGGCAGCACCAUCUAUCUAUGGGAGUUUCUCUUGGCGCUUCUACAAGACCGAAACACCUGUCCCAAGUACAUCAAGUGGACCCAGCGAGAGAAAGGCAUCUUCAAGUUGGUGGACUCCAAAGCUGUGUCCAAGCUGUGGGGAAAGCAGAAAAACAAGCCUGACAUGAACUAUGAGACAAUGGGGCGGGCCCUAAGAUAUUACUAUCAAAGAGGCAUCCUGGCUAAAGUGGAAGGGCAGAGGCUGGUAUACCAGUUUAAGGAGAUGCCCAAGGAUCUGGUGGUGAUUGAAGACGAGGAUGAGAAAAGUGAAGCUCCAGCAGCACCGCCACAGGCCUCCACUUCCUCCACUUCCUCCACCAACACCACCCGGAGGGCCAGCUCCAGGGUCUCAUCCAGAGCUGCCACCCAGGGCAAGGGCAGCCCUUCCUGGGAGAAGCCAAAGGUUCAGCAUGUAGGUCUGCAGCCAUCUGCGAGUCUGGAAUUGGGACUGUCUCUAGACGAGGAGAUCCCCACUACCUCCACCAUGCUUGUCUCCUCACCAGAGAGCCAGACCAAGAUCACCAAAGCCGUGAGUACUUCUUCAGUGCCCAGCAACAUCCACCUAGGAGUGGCCCCUGUGGGGUCAGGCUCAGCCGUGACCCUGCAGACCAUCCCGUUGACCACAGUGCUGACCAAUGGGUCUCCUGCCAGUACUACUGCUUCCACUCAGCUCGUUCUCCAGAGUGUUCCUCCUGUGUCAACGUUGAAAGACACCUUCACUUUGCAGGCCUCCUUCCCCCUGAACACCAGUUUCCAAGAGAACCAGGUGGCAGCACCAGGGACCCCCCUGAUUCUUAGUAGCCUCCCCCAACUGCUGGCUGGGGCCAAUCGUUCAACCAACCCAGCACCACCCUCGGCCACAGGUGCUGGACCAGCGGGGCCCAGCUCUCAGCCCCCUGGGACUGUCAUUGCUGCCUUCAUCAGGACUUCUAGCACCACAGCAGCCCCUGGGGUCAAGGAGGGGCCACUGAGGUCCUCCUCAUAUGUACAGGGCAUGGUGACUGGGGCUCCCAUGGAGGGGCUGCUGGUUCCUGAAGAGACCCUGAGGGAGCUUCUGAGAGAUCAGGCUCAUCUUCAGCCACUUCCAACCCAGGUGGUUUCAAGGGGUUCCCACAAUUCGAGCCUUAUGGGAAACCAGACUUUCUCUUCCCCCAGCCGCCCCACUGUUGGGCUGACCCCUGUGGCUGAACUUGAGCUCUCCUCAGGCUCAGGGUCCCUGUUUAUGGCUGAGCCUAGUGUGACCACAUCUGGGAACCUGCUGACUAGAUCCCCAACCCCAGCCUCCUUCUCCCCAUUCAACCCCACCUCCCUCAUUAAGAUGGAGCCCCAUGACAUGUAAAGGAAGGCAUCACCAGUGUGACCCAUCAGGUGAAGCUGAGCAGCAUUUUCACACAGACUGACUUAAGUAGUGUCCUUGCCCUUACGUUUCAGUGGGAUUCAUUACACCUGAUCCCCAGUCCCCCGGCCCUACCUGGCAUCACCAUGGCCAAGCUAUGCUCACUUUGAGCAAGCAUUCCUGGCAGCAGACCAUGGCCUUCAGGAGCACUAGGGGAUAUGCUCUUGGCAGGAUAUUGGGCUGACUUGGUGAUAGAGGGAAACCCCCUGAGCCAGGGAGAAAUUUGGGGCCAGGGCAUGGGGGGUUUGUGAGAAGAGUCUGGCCUGACUGCAUCUCACUGUCUACAUUCCCUAUGCAGGGAAUUUACUAUCCCGUAUGUGAAUAUCUCUGUAUGUAUUUGUGUGUACUUGGGGUUCUGUAUCUUCCGUUUUGGGGGGAAGAUGGGGGUGUAGCUGUGAGGUCUUCAAGGGGUGGUGUGUUCCUCCAUGGGUCAACCACAGAGAUGAGGAUUUUUUUUAAAGGAAAAGCAUUUUGUAAUAACCUGUUCAAGCCAAGAUUUGGUUGCUCUGAGACUAUAGGGUACUGGUUGGGUCCCCCAAACCUGGAGAGAUGUCACAGAGCUGGGAUGGGUCCAGGUAGGAGAGCUUCAGUGGGUCUGUGUGUUGCAGAAGACACAUGCCUAGGGGACAAGAAGGCUGAGUGGGAUUGGACAACAAAUGAAGAAAGAGAAGAGAACUCAGCACUGGAUGUGACCCCCACAGGCUAGACCCAGACUCUUUUCCUAGAGUUUGCCACAUUGCCUGCCGAAGUCAUCGAUGCUGGCAGGUCGCAAACUUGCGGACUGGGUUGGUUGAAUGUUUGUGCCCAGGACUUGAGCUGUUGGUGUAACACCAUCCCUCCACCAGACAACAGCCUCCUCUGGCACACCGCUCUAGGUGCCCCAUCCUUGGCUCCUUCUAUGUUACUUUUGACCCUGAGAUUUUUCUAGCUGUCAGGCAUUGCUGGGGCUAGUCAGUAGACAGCCCAGCCUGGGCCUGCCUCCAUUCCUGCCUGUGGGCGUGUGCUGUGUAGUGCCUGCUCUGCAGUCUCUGCUGCCUGUCCUGCCCUCUCACCUCAGAGGUGUGCCAGCCCACUCCCACAAUGCCUACCACAGACCUUCUCCGGUGGGCUACUGCUCUUCAUUUCCAACUUUUUGCACCUAAUGCUGAUUCCUUCUUCACUGAGAAGACAGGAGUCAGCAGGCAUGAGUUAUCUCCACAUGGCUCCCUUUCUCUUUCUGAGGCUUGGGUGCCCUUCCCUUCUUUCUUUGAAUCCGCUCACCACUCCUGCCAAGUUUGGGGGCAAAACUAAGAAAUGCCUGGAAGCAACUCUGGUGAAUUUGGUUAAUGUGAAUCAGUGCCUCAGGACUUUUGCUCCGUCCUCGGCACAAAACCACCCACUUGAUCUAACUACCUCCCCUGGCUGCUCUUUUCUCUCUUUCCCGUCCUUAUUCUCUCCCACUCGCUUCUUCCCCAGGGAGGUGGCCAUGCAAGUGCAUUUACUAUGUUUCUAGCAGUUGGCAUUGAAGUGCCUUUUUCUAAUAAAAUCAGCUUAUUAUGGACAAUUUCCUGAU